UGGAUUUCCUUCUGGAUCCGCCCCGAGAUCGCCCCUGCCCGAGUGACCUUAGGAGUGACCUCGCUUCUGACUCUGUCGACCCAACAUGCCAAGAGUCAAGCAGCUCUUCCGCCGGUCUCGUACAUUAAGGCGAUUGAUGUGUUCAUGUCUUCUUGUACGGUGUUCGUGUUCAUGGCCCUUAUGGAGUACGCGGUGGUGAACGUGAUCCUGGGCGACGGACCGGGUGAUGACAAGAAGCCCGGGGCACAAGGUCAAAAUCCCGACCCCAAGGCAGCCAAGGUCACCUACACGUCCAUCAAGACCUCGGCCCAGGAGAGGCGCGCCAGGGCCAUUAUGGUGGACAGAGGAUCUCGUUACCUCUUCCCGCUCUCCUUCGCUAUCCUCAACUGCAUCUACUGGAUCACCUUCUGGAGUUACUUGUGA